AUGGAGAGCCCGACCGGCUACCCAGAGUCUCCGAUCGACGACGAGGUCGUGUAUCCGUGCAAGGGAUGCGGAGAGAUCCUCGAGGAAGGCAAGGCCUUCGAGCUCGCCGGAAACCGAUGGCAUAUCGACUGCUUCCGCUGCAACACGUGCGGCACCCUCCUCGAUUCGGAUGCGAACCUGCUGCUGCUCGGCGACGGCUCCCUGAUAUGCAACAACUGUACAUAUAGCUGCAACCACUGCGGCAACAAGAUCGAGGAUCUCGCCAUCUUGACCGGCGACCAGGCCUUCUGUGCCAACUGCUUCCGGUGUAGGAAUUGCAAGCGCAAGAUCGAGAACCUUCGCUAUGCCCGCACCUCGCAGGGUAUAUUCUGCAUGUCGUGUCAUGAGUCGCUCAUGGCUCGACGGCGCAAGAAAUCCAAAAAGCCGCCCUCAGUGGCGCCCAAGGUGGACAAAUCGCUGCCUGCUCUGCCUCCCCACGAGCAAUCCCAGUCCACCUUCACCCCAGACCUGGAUACGCCAUCCGACAUCUUCUCGGAGCCCACCACGACCGACGUAUCCCCGAGACCUCCUCAGCCGCGCCGGGGUGAUUCGUCGUCAAACUUCAGGCGCGAUGCUUCACCAAUUGGAGAUGCUGCACGAAGGGACAAUACCACACUUCCAGCAACAACAUACAACAAGGACAGCGCGCGUUCAGAGCUGGUAGACAACGGCGACGACGGCAUCCUCCUCCCCUUCGCUCUCGAUCCCAACCCUGCGCCCGGCCCAUCACCGCUCGGCCGACCCAUCAGCAGGUUCAAUGACCGAACACUGGGAGCCAAACCGACCGGAAGCGGUGACAGCAAGAGCGGGCGCGAUUACUUUAGUAGGCCCACUGGCGACCAUCGCGAGAAGCUGAAGGAGAACGGGUCUCGAGAAGCCUCCAAAGAGAGACGCCAGACGCAAACACAGAGCCCGCACAUUGCCUUCCAGGAGAAAGGAAGGCAGCCUUCGGACACACUGGUCGAGACACUUAGGAAGAAGAAGGACACAUCCAGCGAAUCUCCUGCCGCUGAGCCUCGGUCGAGGAGUCAGCACGCUUCUCCCGCCCCUUCAGGUCCAGAACCCUUCAAGUUACAGGAUGUACCCAAGAACAAGAAGGCGGAGGCCAAACGCAAGGACUCCGACGAGACGCCAUCACCGCAACCGCAGCAACAGCAGCAGCAGUCUUCUUCCAAGAACGACAUCAUGUCUGCGCGGCUGAGUCGUCCUCUCAUCGAGCCAACCUUCACUAGCUCACCACCACUUGGCUCCCAAGAUUCACCUCAAACCUCAGAAUCGUCGUUCGGCUCCAAUCUUCCACUAGAACGACCUGCGCGUGGUGAUUCGCUCAAGGCUUCGACUCUGAAGCCUUCAGCUCCAAUCUCACGAAACGAGAGGGCCCCAUCACCCACCACACCGACUUUAAGCCAUCCAGAGCGCACAUCAUCCACCAACACAGCCAGCGCGAAUCUCAACGCCGGACUUGGCAUACUCAGUCCUUCGGAUUCGCCAGCCUCCAAAACUCCAUCAGACCCUCCAGUUCUCCCCGCACGUUCAGGUGGACGGCCAGCCCCGCCCUCGACCGACACUUUCACAUCUCCACGCGCACCCCCGCAACCACCUGCCAUUCAGCAACACAAGACGAGCGAUUCCAUCAGCAGUGCCCAGAGCGAAGCAUCUCGAGAUGCAUAUGGAGCUGGUGGCCUUCCUCGAUACAGCGCUCAGGGCGAUUUCUCCAUGGAUGAGGAUUUCGCGCGUUUGCUUGGAAGUCAGGAUGGAAGAGACGAAAAAGACAACGGGGUUUUCAGGAGAGUUUCGAACGCUGUGUCCAAGCAUGGGCGCAGUUUCAGUGAUCGUGGUUCAGUCACAUCACGAGGUCACAAGAAAUGGCCUACGAAUGGCUCCAUCGACAUUAGCAGCCCGACAGUUGCCUCGCCCGACACUAAAGAGGAAGGCGUCAACUUGCGCAACGAGCUGCGCCGCGCCCAGCAGCGGAUCGCUGAGCUGGAGGCCGAGAAGAAUGGCCUACAAGAAUCGAUGCAUAGUGCGGCCGACAUCAGACAGGCAAACACGGUUCUGCGAGAGAAGCGAAACACCAUGGCUGUCUUGGAUACGCAACGUGAGAUGGUGAUUCGCGAGCUUGAAAUCAUGACUGAACACCUCAAGCACGCUAAGAGCGGUCAGGGCAACGUUGAAAUCGGUCAACUCAAGUCAGACAUUCUCAAAGACUUUGCAAACUCGUUGCAGAAGCUCAAAGACAAUUUGGGAAAUCAAAUAGAGGACCUGAUCACGAAGAGAUCGGAGUUGACGGAGGAGAUCUCGAACCUCAUUCAGAUGAAAGACAAGGGUUUCCAAGAGUACGAAUCGCUCACGGCCGCUAACACUAGACUUUCCGCCAUGAACAGGGACCUGGUAGAUAACAUCCAGACCAACCUCAAGAACAACAAGAAGAGUGGACAGAACCUUGAUGUUGCUGCCAAUGGUCUUGGCAUAUACAACGCGCAGCACAAGGGCGGCAAGUCCGAAGUAUCCGUGGAUGCACCAGCGAUACCGCAUGAUCACUCCUAUGCCAAUCUCGAUGACGGCGAGGCGACCGUCGCGCAGCCGCAAGUCGUCAACAUCAGGAAGACCGGUAAACCCACCAAAUUCUCUACCUGGAAGAAGGGCGGACAAGCCAUUACGAAGAACGUCACCAAGGGCUUCAAGGGAGCAUUCGGUUCAGAGCAGAAGCAGGAGGACUACAACGUCAAGGUCAUUGGCACUCCUUACGGCUCCGUGCACUCCGGGCCUGACAUUGCAGCCAUGUCCAUGUCGAGCUCCAUCAAAAGCCGGGAUACCAUGGACCAAGGGACCCCGCGAGGCUGGUUCGGUGGAAAGCCUGGCAACGUUAGACCAGGCGGCCCGCCGCAAGGCUUUAGGCCCAUGCAGAACAUCAACAACAGCACCACUAAUCUGGCUGCCGCCGACGCCAGUACAGUGCUCUUCGGGUCUGACCUGACAGCACGAUGCGAAUUCGAACGGCAGAUGAUUCCACGCAUCGUCAGCAGAUGUAUCGAAGAGGUUGAGCUUCGCGGCAUGGAUGUGGAAGGUAUCUACCGUAAAAGCGGCGGUACCUCUCAGGUGAACCAAGUGCGCAGUGGCUUCGAGACGGACACCGAACACGACAUCUCGGAUCCAGAUCUCGACAUUCACUCCGUCACUUCUGCGCUGAAGAACUAUUUCCGCAGGCUCCCUGUGCCGCUGAUCACAUACGAUGUCUAUGAUCAGUUCCUUGAAGCUGGCCAACUGGAAGAGCCGACUGCUCAGUCUAGAGCUUUGUCUGCCGCUGUGAACGAAAUUCCCAAAGCUCAUCGUGAUACCUUGCAAUUCCUCGUGUUCCAUCUGUCGCGGGUCAUACAGCACGCCAGUGACAAUUUGAUGACACCACUCAAUGUUGCCGUCGUUUUUGCGCCAACUAUCAUGCGGCCUAUGGACAUCCAGCGCGAACUUACCGACGUACAACAGCAGCGUGUCGCCGUGCAAGCGCUUCUGGAAAACUACAAAACAGUAUUCGGUGAUGAAUAA